AUGGUACAAAACAACGACGUCGAAUCCCAUUACGAGACAAUUUCUCUUCAAGAAAUAACUGACAACGAUCUUCUUCAAUGGAAAUCGUUACCUGAAUCCAUCAGAAAUGACAUUUGCUUUGAGGAAUAUCAACAGGCCCAAUUAAAACUCGAAGACAUUCAACAGGAAGAAAAACCAAAGAAAUCUGCUUUAAGUUACUCAAAAAGUUCAAUUUUGGCAAUUAUUUGGCUUUUAGUAGCAAUUUUCUUGUUAACGAAGGAAGAAAAAGUGUUGAAACGAGAAAUGUAUUCGAUAAAAGCUGAAAGUACUUUGAAAAUUUUACUUCCGAAUAAUGAAUUGUAUGGAAAUAUAGCGAAAUUUAUCGUUGAAGGAUAUUUUAGUGACGAAACUGACAAUAAUUCAACUAAUUUUUGUCUUAAUUGCUUCGAACUCGACGUUUUUGGGGAAUUUUUUGAUGUUAAGAACAACAAGUUACAAAUCUCAACAAUUUACUUCAACAACACUCGAUCGCAUCUCAUAAAAAAGUCAUUAGAUGUCGAAAUUCUUCACAAAAACCACGUUCCCGAUUCAUCACUCGAGAUUUUCGUUCAAAAUUCCAUGAAAAUUGACUUUCCAUUUUUCCUUUCUUACGACCUCCAAUUAGGAAAUCCAACAUUUUCCAUCAUUUUAGCCGCUUUUGUGCUCAUUUUCUUGUACGGAUUGAUAAUUUGGGAGGUUGUUCAUCGUACAUUUGCUUCCGUGCUGUCUUCAGCUCUUGCCAUCGCGUGUUUAGCUGUCGUCAAUGAUCGCCCAACGAUGCGCGAAAUUAUCUCCUACAUCGAUUUCGAGACAAUUUUGCUUCUUUUCUGCAUGAUGAUCAUCACUUCAAUUCUAACUGAAACGGGAAUCUUCAAUUAUUUGGCAGUUUUUGUGUAUCGCAUGACAAAAGGUCGAAUUUGGGCGUUAAUUCACAGUUUGUGCAUUCUAACAACGAUCAUUUCCGCCUUUUUGGAUAACGUAACAACGACUUUGCUCAUUUCGCCCGUCACAAUAACGCUCUGUGAGACAAUGGAGUUGGAUCCGGUGCCAAUUCUCAUGAUGAUUGUCAUUCAUGCGAAUAUUGGAGGCACGACGACGCCUGUAGGAGAUCCGCCGAACGUGAUAAUUACGAGUAAUGAACAUGUUGUCAAAGGGGGAGUGUCUUUUAUGGAAUUUACGAAGUUUAUGGGAACGGGAGUCGUUUUUUGUGUCGCAAGUACGGCGAUUUUUUUGAGAAUUUUUUAUCGUGAUGUUGAAAAAUUGAGAAAAACUUCAAAAAAUGAUGAAAAUUUCCAAAAAUUCAAAGAUUGGGAAGAAGCUGCUAAAAAAUUAAAUGAAGGAAAAUUAAAAGAAAUUCUUGAAAAAAGAAUUUUCGAGUUGAAAUCCGAGAAAAAUCAAAAUUUCGAUGAAAAAUUGAAGAAAAUGCAACAAAUGUACCCGAUCAAAGACAAAAAUCUCCUCUACAAAUCCACUUUUGUGCUUUUUUUCGUCAUCAGCCUCUUCCUAAUAGAAUCUGUGCCUGAAAUUCAACGUUUGUCUCUCAGUUGGUGUGCUUUAAUAGGCCUCUUGUUACUUCUGAUCAUCUCUAACAAAGACGACAUGGAUGUAAUUCUCGCAAAAGUUGAAUGGGCAACUCUUCUUUUCUUCGCCUCGAUGUUCAUCAUCAUGGAAAUUGUCGAUCGUCUCGGCUUAAUUCGACUCAUCGGCGAUAUUACUCGAGAUUUGAUACUUUCCGUACCCCAAAAAUACCAAUUAUCGCUCGCAAUUGUCAUAAUUUUGUGGGUUUCGGGCAUUGUUUCUGCCUUUAUCGACAGUAUCCCCGUAACAGCGAUGAUGGUCAAAGUUGUCGUCUCCAUAGCACAAAAUCAGACACUUUCACUCCCUUUGCCGCCUUUAAUUUGGGCAUUAGCAUUCGGACCGUGUCUCGGAGGAAAUGGAACGUUAGUAGGAGCAUCAGCGAAUGUAAUUUGUGCGGGACUUGCCAAUCAAAGAGGAUAUAAAAUUGGAUUUAUCGAGUUUUUGAAAUUGGGAUUCCCUGUGAUGUUCGUUACCUUAACAGUUACAACAUUGUACUUAGUUUUGCUGUAUUUGUAA